AUGGACGAAGAAGCAAUAGACCUCAAACCGAUCUUUCACAAAUCCUUCAACGAAAGUAUCCUCUCUCUCUCCUCCAAAAUCUCAAACCUUACUUCUGUACGAUCAUCACAACAACAAACCGCCAUCUCGGACGUUUUGUCCAAAAUCAGCGAGUUGACGUUGGAGCUCAAGGAUGCGUCGAAUUACCUUCCGGCGUACGAUCAGAAGGUUUACUCUGAGCAACUAAAGGCGAUAACAGAAGAAUUGAACGUCGCCAGAAAAUCGGUGGCCCCGCGGAGUAAAUUCUCAUUCAAGAACCGACGGACAGGAUCCUCAGCGGCAUCAGCAUCAUCAGAUACAACCCCAGCUAUAUCCACCCCUCGAGAACCAGCACCAAUACCAUCAUCAUCGUCAACGUCAACGUCAACAUCAACAUCAUCAAACCUCCAAACAAUCUCCCUAACCUCCCUAACCUCAACCCACACCACCCCACCCCCACCAACCCCUCAAUCCACAAUCCUCUCUUUAUCCUCCCUAACAUCCUGCAUCAUAACCCCUCCCCCACCAUCUUCUUCCUCAAAUUAUUUCACAACAACAUCCAUAAAUACAAUAAAAUCUUCAAUCCUCAUCCUCCCCAAAAUCACAGGUCCAGCACACCUAACAUCUCUCAAAAACAGCGUGUUGGUAAUAUCAUGUCACCAGUUCAGAUUACACGACAGCAAUGAUCUAGAUGUUUAUUUGAGAUGUAGGAGUCGACCGAUUAUUGAAAGAUGUAAGGGAAUCAGAGUAUCCUUCCUUCCUGAGGUUUUAAAGACUGUUUUAGAUGGUGGUGAUAAUAAAGAAGAAGAUGAGGUAGAAGAGGAUAAAUGGAACCAAAUCGAUGAUUUUAAUUGGUUGAAAGAAGGUAGACCGUCUCCCAACUGGAGGGUUUUAGAAGAAGAAGAGAAGAUUGGGAGGGAGAUGUGGGAGAGGGUAUUAGAGGAUAACAGUGGAGUUGGGGAUGUGGGUAUUAGUGGACUUUUGCCAUAG